AUGUCAAUUAAAUUCGUCACGUCUGCUGCUGAUCUUGACGCUUACCUUGAGGGUAACCGAUUUGUGAUGGUCAAUUUCACAGCUCUGUGGUGUGGUCCAUGUCAAGCAGUGAAGCCAAUUUUAGAUCAACUUUAUAUUGACCCAGAUCAAAAAUAUAUCGGUGUAGAAAUGGUUAGAGUUGAUUUAGAUACUCAAAGAGAAUUAUCUGCCAGAUAUGAAAUCACUAGUGUUCCUACAUUUUUGUUUUUCCGUGAAAAGCAAGUGGUUGAAAGGAUUAAGGGUGCAAAUGUUCCUGAAUUAAUUAAACAGUUAGAUGCCUUUGCAACACAAGCACGCGAAACAGAUGCUCCUCCACGUUCUGGGAAUGGUCGCUCGGUCAAUCCAACUACCACCACCAACCCAUUAGUCAAGGAAAUCGCUGAAUAUAUCCCUAAGGGAUACGAGGUAUUAAAUGGGUCCAUUCAUUUUGGAGAAUUUGAAUCCCUUAACGUUCAUUCAUUGUAUAACAAGGAGAUUAAGGAAGUGUUCAAAUUGGACUCAGAAUUUUCUGAAAGCUCUGUAUAUUCAGACGCUGAUUCUCAAUUAUUAUUUUAUGUCCCAUUGAUGAACAUUUCAAAAGUUUAUUCCUUUUUAAUUAAAAUAUCAAAUACUCAUACAGAAGAAGGUUCCACUUUAGAUUCAGAUGACUUGAAGGAUGAAUCUCAAAGACCAAAUUUAGUUAAAGUUUGGCUUAAUCAACAAAGUAUCUUAUCAUUCGAUGAUGCAACUGAAGAUUCCAAUGCUCCUCACAUCGAAAACAUUGAUGUUACUGCUCUUAAGAAUGAUUGGUAUGAAAUCAAGGUGAAGUUUGUCCGUUUCCAAAAUGUUCAAUCAUUAAACAUUUUCAUUGAUGGUGAUGAUGAAGAUUAUCAUACGAUUGUUGAUAAGAUUGUGAUUAUUGGUGUUAAUGGAGAAUCUAAAGAACAAGGAAAGAUUCAAAAGGAUGAGGAUUGA